GCGUUGAUUUGACGCUUAAGUACGCAUUGUUUCGUCCAAUGGCGAAAAUCCGUACUUUAGGAGUAGGACAACAUGCAGUAUGCCGCGGUGCUGGCUCGCGACGACUCUCGAGGACGAGGAGGGGGAUACAGCAGCAACCUGUCGUCUUCGAUCGUGGCGCUUCCAAUCAAGGCCAAGAAGCAGACCAAGAGCCAGCGAAAAGCUGCGGCGGCUGCCGCCAAAGGAAAGCAAAACGAGGCUCAGGUCAUCCAGAGGACUGAAGAAAGGUUGGGUGAACACGUGUGGGAGCUGUGCUUCGAGUACCUCGACGUGGCGUCGUUGUGCCAGAGCAAACUCGUGUGUCGGCACUUUCGUCGCCUCGCCAUGCUUCCGCUUCCAUGGAUGCAUUUGUACUCGUCGGCGUGGCUGCAACAUCAUCCGCAUUCCGCCUUGCCGGACGCGUACCGACACUGUUCGUGGAUCCAGCUCUGGCGCAUGCACGUGCAUCGCAUGUCCGUCGACGUCAAGCUGUCCACACGCGCCGACGUCACCUCCGAUCCAGUGUCCCACGUGAUCACGGUCGUCAACAACUCGAUGCUUCGGAGCCUCGAGCACGGCGCGGUGGAAUCCAUUCGAUCCCUCCAGCCUCUGGCUUCGAUUCCGUGUGCGAUAGCGUUGCACCGCCACGUCACAUACUUCGAAGCCACGUCAUCCUCCGCAAUGAGCCUGGGCAUGGCCUACCUCCCCGAUCGCACCAAGUGCCUGUAUGGAUUUGGGUCAGAUGCGCACGUGGGCUGGCACCCGCUGUCCUUUGGCUACCACACACACCAGCACCAGUAUUCGUCGUCUCCAAAGUCGGCGCUUCCGUUCGUCGUCAUGCACACUGGCAUGGACUUGGUGACGAUGCCGUUGGUGGCCCCUAGUACUACUACUAGUAGUACUAGUACUACAAUGUGGCCGCCCGAGCUGUUAGGCCCCCACGACAAUGUGUUUGGGUGUGGCUACGACCAAGACUACGAGCGCAUAUUCUUCACGCUCAACGGCGUCCUCCUCGGCAUGGUUCCGUACGACAUCCCGCCUGGGAACUACGCCGCCGCCGUGUCCAUGGACGUCUUGUAUGCUUCCGUGGCCGUCAACUGGGGUCACCUCCCGUUUGCGUUUGCGAUUGAAGCUUACAUUGUUGCCGACCAUACGACUUAA